AUGGAUGCCGUAAUGGGUUUCAUGGCAAUAAUAGGAAUGAUAACCUCAAUCAACACAGGCUCAAUGAUAGCGAGUCUUGCAAGCGGUUCUCUGAUCUUAAGUUUCUCUCUCAAACUUGUAUACGAGUUUGACCAAUACGAUUUUCCGGCUAACAUUCGGCAGAUCGCCACUGGAAUCGGUGCAGGCGUCGUGGCGGGUGUAGUGAAAGGUCCCGUAUCACCACCUGGGCCGAAGAAUGUCAAUAGGAGAGGGUUUGACGACCCACAGGCGGUUGACAUGACUAUAUACUCCAGGUUCAACGGACCACUUCGAGAACAGACUUUGAACUCUCUGGCAGGGGCCGAGUUCAAGUUGGGCACGCAGCAGGGCGAAGAUACAACCUCCAUGGCCUUCUGGACGAACUGGCCAGAUCACCAGAUGAGGCUGAAGACUAUCGAUGCUGAUCCUGCUUGUCUCAGGGGUAUCUUUGAGACCACGUUGCCUGACGAAGACGAGCCGGCCAGGGGCACAUGGCUGAUCGCGAUGCCAGAGGAGGGAGAAUCCGAGGAGUUGGCUGAGCGCAGCAUUUCCAGCUUCGUUAACGUCUUGGCCUUCGUCCACCCAGAUGACCUGGCAGCCAAUCUAACAAGCAAAGCCGAGGACCGACUGGUGACCGACACAACCGUCGACUUCUUCCGCAGUCUGCCAGCAGCUAUACUGCACGAGGCCAGCCUCGAUCGUUUCGGUCACAACCAGAUUCUCGCAUCAUUCAAUGAUGUUGGUCGUGUUCUGAAGCCGCGCAAUGUGCAGGCUUCAGAUGCUUUCCACAAGUCGCUCCUGCGAGAGGCUUCCAAUAGUGCUGACCAGACUCUUGGUUUGAAGGCCAUCGAUUUUGUGUUCAGCCAGCAUUUCGAUGGUUGUUAUCUGGGAACGGAGGAAUGUGUGGAAGAUCCUUGGGCCGGGUUGAGACAGUAA